AUGUCAGCCAAUCUUCUUGACGUACCAGAUUUAGCGAUGACAAAUAUUUUGAACUAUUUGGAUUAUCCAGUUAUCCAAAACGUCAGAAAAUCGUGCAAGGCCCUCCGACGGUUCAUCGACACCGCUAGAAUCGGUGCACUUCCCGACUAUAUCAUGCUAACCGAUCUUCAUGAAACUGUAUAUCUCCAAGCAGUCUUUAAAUCUGACACAAGUUUGAGAAUAAGCGUGUUUUACAAAAAGGAGGGCGAUGGGUGCCGAAUCAAGUACAUAAACGAAAAGGACAAAGAGGAAAAAGAGGAAAAAGUGAAGGUUCUGGAAAAUCAAGACUAUUUGGAGUCAUUUUCGACGGACUGCAAACUUUUGUUGGCCAAUGAAAAGAUUGUUUUGGAUGAACUCGAAAACAUGGCUAAUGAAAAUUCCAUGUUGAAGAUAAUCGAAGAUAUUCUGAAGACCAGAAAUCAGAUGAUUCAAAUCAAAAAAAUAUAUAUAACAGUUGCGGACGAUACGGAAGUGGCAAAUCUUGUGCAGUAUACUAAUCCAAAUCGUUUGGAACGUCUUCAAAUUCAAAUAAAUGAUAAUAUCUCGGAACUUCCUGAAAUUGAGAAAUUACCUCACUGGAGACAUGUCGAGGAAUUCCAAAUUUUCUCGGUCCUCUCUGAAGUUCAUCCUCAAAAGUUCUCGCAUUUUACCAAGUGCCAUCUCAGAUAUAUUUUACCAGACUACAAACUACAAAAUGGAGUUCCACCUGAGCACCGAUACUAG